UAUCUCUAUUAUAUAAUUGCCUAUCUAACGAGCUACAGUAAUUUUUCUUGUUUUCCGGUAACUUUCAUCCUCUUUCCGUUCACUUCUGUUUUCCCGUUAGCGUGUAAUAGUGAAUAAGAUGAAGCAAUUUGAGGCCACACCGUGCACGCCAUGGCCAAGCUGCUACUGGCCAGAUUCGAGGAGUCGUUUCGGCCUUUCAGCGAGAAAAUCCAUCGGAUUGAUGAAGAAGAGGGAGAAGAACGGGUUUUCGAUUCGGAGGAAGAAUUGCAAGCGAGCGAUAAUGCAAAAGCUCCACGCGAUUGGAGUUCCAUUUUCCCUAUUCCAAAAUCCCAAAACCCAAAUGAAAUGGAUCCAUCGUUGUUGCACCAAAGAGGAAAAAUGGCGACCGGUCAAGUACGACGACGAGAACGCUUCGAUUUUCACAGUCGGGAACGCUCCCAUUUCGGAAACCACGAAAUGGGAGAAGAGCUCGGGAUCUGCUGCUGAAAAUGGCGGAGCAUUGUAUGAUUUGGCUGACCCUAAGCGGUACUGGCGUCGUCGGUGGCCCAACCGAAAUCAGCAAUUAAACCGGAAAGGAAUCAUAUAUCGGAUUCGAAGGCUUUGACCGAGGAAUCGGAGGAGAAGGACGUGGGAGUGAGUAAAGAGGAGCCUCCUCGAUCACCCAAGAAGGAAUCGUCUGUGCUCAUAUUGGAUGAUAAUUACAACGAUGCGAAAGCGAAAAAAGCGUGAGCAUUUUAGAUUUUUAUUUUUGAACUUUUCUGUCGAGAGCUUGUAAAGCUGUGAACUGAUAUCUGAUUUUUAUUUAUUUUUUAGCCGAUAUGAUUUGUUCAACUACUUUGUUGCUGGUCCAGGGCAAGUUGGCUUUGUUCAAGUAAGCUUUUUUUCAACCUGAGUGAUGUGGGUGGCACUUUCUUUUGCCAUGCAAUUCAUGUUUGUACCGUCCGAAAGAAAUUUACAAGACUGUUUCUUUUGGAGGGAGGGGGGUGUGAGUAAGAUGACUUUUAGAUUGAUGUUAGUUUUAAAAGAAAAAAUAACAGAAGUUGCCCCAGUUUUUAGCUAAUAUGGGACUCUGCUUAGCCCCUGCUGGUGCUGGAAAGGUCCAGAAUCUUCUUAGUAAGAGCGCUUAGGCCCUGCUGGUGCUGGAUGCAUAUGCAAUGUUACUUACGAGUCAACUUGCAGGUCUUCUACACUGUUCCUCGAAUUCAUCUUCUUUCUUAUUCCUGUUACUUAGUGUUAAUUCUUGGUAUAUAAUUUAGUGAACUGCUACCUCUAUGAUGGAAAUGCUACAAAUUUGGGCCUAA